UUUACUUUGCACAAACACACACACAUACACACACACUGUGUGAAAUAAAAAGAUGGCAAAGAAGGCUUCGCCAUACGAGAUUGAGGUAACCGUCAUUUCGGCGGAGGGUUUGCGCCUCAGCCGAAACCAGCCCGUGAAAAAGAACUCGUACGUCGUCGUAAGAUCCGACCCGUUCAACACCCGGAGAACGGGUACGGAUCGCGAAGGCGGGAGCUACCCUGCAUGGAACGAGAAGCUGCAGAUGGAGCUGCCCGCCACUGCCCGUUUCCUCACGGUCGAGGCGCAUUCGGGCAGCAGCCUCGUCGGGGCCGCCAACAUACCCGUCUCCGACUUCGCCGCCGCCUUCCUGCCCCUCAACCACUUGAGCUUCUUGAGUUAUAGGCUCAGGGAUGCUCGUGGCGGGAAGAACGGGAUACUCAAUUUGUCGGUUAGGGUCAGCCGCCGCCCCGGGCCCAGUGGCUCCACGGAGCCGUGGCCCGGGGUUCCCGUGGCGGCCGAUGGGAAGGCCGGGGUUGUGACGGGCAUUCCGGUUGGAAAAAUUAAUCAUGUGUAAAUCAAGAUAGAUAUAUCCUAAAAAAGUUAUUGGGAUUAUCUAUAAUUAAUUCAUUAGGAAUGAAAUGAUGUGGAGUAUAUAACUUGGACAAUGGUGCGUUUGUUUAGUUUUUGUUAUUGUGAUUAUUAUGAUGAUCAAGAAUAUGGUUGGGAACUUAGUUAAAUUUUGAUUUGUGCGUGUAACUCUAAAACGUAGUUUAUAAAUAGCAUGGAUGUUAAUCAUUUUUUCAAUUUUCCAAGAAGCCUAAUCAAAGUGAAAUUAUAUCUAA